AUGUCGUGCGACGGAAUGGAUGGGAAACCGCUGGAGGUGCUGGAGACUGCUAGCGUAGAGAAGGACGACCAGGUGCCUGUCGAGCUGACUCAAACCGAUGAAUCUGGGAUGGCUGAUGAAAAGCUUCCGCCAUCAGUUGACGUCAAGGAUGAUCUUGUGGCAAAGGGGCAGACUAACGAGCAGCCGGUUGAUGUGAAUGAAGACGAUCUGCUGAAUACUUCGCUCAAUGCUUCUUAUACUACAGUUGCGGAAGAGGCGGCUGACCUUUCAUCGAUCAAUGAUGUUAUAUCUGAGGAACCCGUUGUGAAAACCGUCAGUUCCGAGGACAAAUCCACCGAGAAGAAACCGCAGCCGCGCACUGGCGGAAUAACCACCGGUGAGCUGGCAUAUCUCACUAGGCAGCCCGACGAAGCCGACCCCCACGGUUUGAACACCGAGGUGCUCGUCGUGCAUAAGGGCCAAUGGGAGCAGUUAUUCACCGCGUGUGCUGAGCGAGACAAUUCCGUCUGUGUCAACAUGGUGCGUCUAAGGAACUUCCUUGAACAUUUUCCGGCUCGGGCUGCCACGAAGUUUGUGCACAAGGUGCCGCUGAAAGAUUGGAAAGCUGGAAAAUUUGUGAAAGGGACUCACCGGGGCCACUUCUUUGCCAAAAAAACUAUGCUGCGUGGCUUCUUGUUGGACGAGAACUUUACGAAAGCGCUGGAGAAGCGAGAGCCGGCUGCAUCCGGCUCGCCGACGAAAGAUGCGAAGGCGGUGGCUGUUCCGAAGAACGCUCAAAUUCAACCGGCAAAGCGCAACCGACAUAAGAAGAACAACAACUCGAAGGCGGCGCCGAACGUGGAUACCUCGCCAAAGAAGACUCCGGCGCCCAACAACAAGGCUGAAGCUUCGGGAAACAAUUCUGCGGGCUCGUCGAAAGAUCGGAACCCUAAGGAGAAUAAGGCGCAGAAAAUUACGUCAGCCGAGAAGCCCAACAAGCCAAACAAGCCACAAGCUGCUACAAAUCGUCCGGCACAAACGCAGAAGCAGCAAGCAGAAGCCGGGAAAGGCAAACAGUCUUCUGAGAUGAGAGCUUCCUUCCCCAAGAAACGUCAGGGAUCUGACAGAGCUGUGGGCGGGAAUCGAUACGCGGAACAGCACAAACAGCAAAGACACAACGAUGUCCGUGACAGCCGGCCUGGAUCUGCCUUCAAUGACAAUUACCAGGGACUGGCAAAGCGUCCGCGUGUCUGGGAAACCCCGUUCGGAGGCCGCCCGAGUGCCGAUUUCCUGGACGUCAUGCGACAACCGUUCCAGAACGCUCCUUUCGCAGGCAACAUUAGUGGGUCCCGCUAUGCUGGUAUCGCUGGGUUCAACUCCAACAUGAAUCUCUCUGGAUUUGGUGGGCCCCUGGGGUUCCAGGGCGGAAGUCGGCAAGAAGAUUACAACCAGACCCUGCACCAAAUGCAACGUGUAGAGGUGGAAAUUGAAGAUAUCCGCCGGCGUAAGCAGCAAUUUGCGAGCUCAUUCAACGCGUUCAACUCGUCGGGACAGUACUACGGCCAAGCUGCCCCAGCCCCGCCAGCCCCCGUCGACCCUUAUGCUUUGGGAUAUUCCGCCGGGCCGUCGAAUCACCGUUACAACUUCGGCGCU